GCGGCGGGCGCAGCGGCGCAGCGGGCGACACACCAACUGGUGCGCGAGCUGGCGCUGCUGCGGCCGCAGUGGUGCGAGACGCUGCCGCGCGGCGUCGCGCUGUCGAGCGUCUCACGCCUCGCCGAGGCACUCUCAGCGGUCCUGCGGCCGCUGUACGAGAGCCUGGUCGCCCUCCGCCACAUCUCCGAGCGAGACAGCCGCGCGCUGCACAAGGUGCUCUCCUUCCUGCUGCCCGCCUGCGAGCAGCUCCUCUCCGCCGCGGCGCGAUCCCCCCUCGACGGGCGCUGCGAGCACCUCGUCCCGUCGCUGCGCCGCUGCCGCCAGCUCGGCCGGCUACUUGACGCGCGGCUGGCCGAGGUGGUGGCGUGGUGGGGCGAGGGCGAGCUCGACGCGAUCUCGGCGCGCGACCUGCUCGUGCUGCUGCGCGCGAUCUGGAACGAGGAGGCGCUCCUCGCCAACGCGCGCGAGAUGCACCGCGCCCUCGUGACCGAGGCGGCGCUGUAG